AUGUUACUCUCAUCUGAAUUUCAUGCUGAAAAAAUAACUGGUAUGCUAUUAGAAGGUUUAUCAACACUACAGCUACAACGGAUAAGUUCAAGUUCCAAUGACGAUGAUUUCAGAGUGAAGGUUGAAGAAGCAUUGACUAUAUUGACAUUACAUAGUAUACGAGAAACACCAACAGAAUCGCCAUCGUCAUUGCCCACUAAACAAUCUCAAUAA